AUGGAGGGCAUUCCAGAUGAUUUCAACCCAUACACUAGAGCAGCUUCAAAUGUAGUUGUAGGAGGUAUUGUUGGUGCAGUCGGCGCCUUCAACAUCACCUACCCAGAGUCACCAUUCGUCACACCAGCCACAGUGAACGAGUACUAUCGCGCAACAAACCGCACCUUUGCUAGAUGUAUAAUGGCUGGUUCACUGCUUGGUCUUGCAUUCUCUGCUGGAAAGUACAGUCUACAGGGUAUUCGUCAAAAGGAUGACUUUUACAACACUGUUGCUGGUUCACUCACUGCUGCUGCCGCCAUCGGUGUCUAUCACUCUAAUAUGAGAUUGACAAUUGGCGCUGCACUUUUGUUUGCACCAGUUGCCAUUGGAUUGAAGAUUGCCGAUACAGAGGUCAAUGUGGCAUCAGAGAUGUUUGCCACCAGGACACAAUCGAAACAGAGAACCAACUUGAUCCUCUCCAACAAGAUCAGGGAGAUUGACGAGAACAACGCCAAGUUGGAUUCUGUACUAUAA